UCUCCACGUGUACCCGCCUUAUCUCCCACCAGCCAGUGCGAUUAGCAACUCCGCCUGUCUACUUUGCGGCGACGGCGACCGGUGAUGAAGCUCCUCGUGUCACCUCCGCCGCCGCUGUUCCCCUCCUCCCCCUGCCGCCGUCCAGGUAAGGCUAUUCUCCAGAAGCAUUUCCAUGCGGUAGCAACAGGAAAAUCUUGCAAAUGGGGGGAAGCCAACAGAAAGGCGAUCUGCAGGGUUGCAGAGACACAUGAAUCUGAACAAGUAAAGGAAAGGGAAUCAUUAAGGCGUGGCACCGUCAGUCCACGCCUCCCGGUGCCCGACCACAUCCGCCGACCGCCUUACGAUGAUGUCGAUCGUCUGCCAGAUGUAAAUCCCAAUCGGCAAAUGCAUGACAGUGAGAGCAUCGUUCAUAUGAGAGCCGCAUGCAAGCUUGCUGCCCAAGUUCUUCAGUAUGCAGGAACAUUGGUGAAGCCCUCCGUGACGACAGAUGAAAUCGACAGGGCAGUUCAUCAAAUGAUCAUUGAUGCUGGUGCCUACCCAUCUCCCCUUGGAUACGGCGGGUUCCCGAAGAGCGUCUGCACGUCAGUGAAUGAGUGCAUCUGCCAUGGAAUUCCUGACUCGCGCGCACUGCUGGAUGGGGAUAUCAUCAACAUCGAUGUUACUGUCUACUUAAAUGGAUAUCAUGGUGACACCUCGAGAACAUAUUUGUGUGGGGAGGUCGAUGAACCUACUAAGCAGCUUGUAAAGGUCACCGAAGAGUGCAUGCUGAGGGGCAUAUCAGCCUGCAAACAUGGUGGUAGCUUUAAGGAUAUUGGAGAGAGAAUAAGUGAAUAUGUGAACAAGUAUGGCUACAGCGUCGACCCCUUCAUCGGGCACGGAGUUGGGACGAUCUUCCAUUCAGAACCCAUCAUAUGGCACACCUAUGAUUAUGAGCCAGGAUUCAUGGUUGCAGGCCAGACAUUCACAAUCGAGCCUACCCUGUCCAUGGGGACCACACAGUGCGAGGUGUGGGACGAUGGCUGGACCGCUAUUACGAUGGAUGGCAGCCUCAACGCACAGUUUGAGCAUACGGUGCUGGUUACCGUCAAUGGCGCAGAGAUUCUCACCAAGUGUUAAGAGAGGGUGAAAGGUUUUUUUGUUUGUUUUUUUGAGAGAUAAGAGAGGGUGAAAGGUGGUGCGUCAGCGUGGAGUUUGAGACUAUGUUCACAAGUUAGUUCAGCCCAUUGACGAAGGCCCGUCUCAUUAGCAUCUCAUUCAUUUGGGUAGUAACUUCCUCUUUCAUUUUCUCAAGGAAUGUUGGAUCUGUACCAUUCACUUCUGACGUGAAAUGUUACAGAAAUAAGCAUGAAUGAAAGAGUUCAUAGCA